AUGCUGUGGACCGCAAGUCUCUGCAUCCUCUGGGCUUCAUCAGUCCUCGGAGCGCCAGUAAACACAGAGCGUCAGAAGCUGCUGCUGAUCUCCUUUGACGGUUUCCGGUGGGAUUACGACCGUGAUGUGGACACGCCGAACCUGGACCAAAUGGCCAGGGAUGGUGUCAAAGCCCUGUAUGCCAGCCCUCCUUACCUCACCCUCACCAGUCCAACACACUUCACCCUCUUGACAGGCCGCUACAUCGAGAAUCACGGGGUAAUCCACAACAUGUGGUUCAACACAACCAGUGGAGAGAAGAAGCCUUACUAUCAGACUCAGUUUGUGAAUGACUGGUGGGACAAUGGCACUCUGCCUAUCUGGAUCACAGCACAGAAACAGGGCCUAAAAGCUGGCUCUCUUCACUUUCCUGGCACAGCUUCCAGUUACCAGGGACUGGUUGCUAUGGUGCAGGAAGUGGAGCCGCUGCUUUACAACUACAAGAACGAGACGGCUUGGCGAGAAAACACAGACAAGGUGAUGGGCUGGUUCAGAGACCAGAAUGUGGACUUCGUUUCCAUGUACUUUGGUGAGCCUGACGGGACGGGCCACAAAUAUGGUCCGGACUCUAAUGAACGUAGAGAGAUGGUCAAACAAGUGGACCGAACAGUGGGCUACAUCCGAGACUCAGCUGAGCAACACGGGCUGAAUCACCGUCUGAACAUCAUCAUCACAUCAGACCACGGCAUGUCCACCAUUUAUCGUAAUGGCCUGGUGGAGGAAAUCACCCUGUCAAAGAUCCCAGGCUUUUCGUUCGGGGACCUGUCCUUCCACCUGGUCGACUACGGACCUUCUGGGAUGCUGCUGCCAAAGCCGGGCAAACUGGAGGUGGUUUAUAAAGCCUUGAAAGGGGCUCAUCCACACCUCCAUGUGUACAAGAAGGAGGAGAUGCCAGCACACCUUCACUUUGCCAAAAAUGAUCGCAUCCUACCCAUCGUUCUAUGGGCUGAUUCUGGAUAUGUGAUCAACGGGUAUUUCCCAGUUCAGUUCAACAAGGGAGAGCAUGGCUUUGACAACCAAGAGAUGGACAUGAAGGUUCUGUUCAGAGCAGUGGGUCCAGCAUUUCACAAGAACCUGACCGUAGAGCCCUUUGAGACGGUUAACAUCUACCCCUUGAUGUGUCACAUCCUGGGCAUCCAGCCGGAGGUCAACGACGGCCACCUCAACGCCACCAAACACAUGCUGGUUACUAGCAUCCCGACUUCGGUUCGAGAUAGUGGAGCUACAAAUUACCUGAAAAAUGGCUUCACCGGACUGGCUGCAGUAGCCGGAUUUCUUGCCGUAGUCUUUAUAGUGGUUCUGGCCCACCGACUACUCAACAAGAAACACAAGACAAAAAGAUCAGGAAGUUUGAAAGAUCUCCCAGAAAGAGAAUGCACAGAACAAAGCUCAUUCUGAGCAUCGCGUUAAAGACAAAACAAAUCAUGUCUCAGAGAUUUUAAAGCAGCUCCCCGUGGACUGCCCUUCUGGAUCAGUCGC